UUUCCUGAAGGCAGCACUGAAACUGUUAUGGCUGUGUGACAAAUGACUGCAAGCGAAGCGGCGGGCGAGUGAGCGUUUUAGGUAGAAAAUAAGCACCUCAUUUCGGACACUUUUAACCGUCCCUGGGCGUCGACCCAGGACAUCGCUGCCUGGCUUCGGCGUUUUUCCGGCAGAGGAGACGGUGAAAGGGAAGCCACCGAGCAGCUAGCCCACUAAAGGCUGCUUGUCUAUCCCAGUGUGGCUGCGAGGAAGGUGGGGAAUACGAAGCGACGUGAUCCGGGACGUCUGUUUUUUCAACAUUGUUGGACUCACUGAAGCUCGAACGUGACUUCUUUAAAGUCUCUUCGUGUUGCUGGGACAAUACGACGAUUGUACAUGGAUUAUCUGUGUUUCCGUGCACUGUGCUGUAAAGGACCGCCACCGCCAAGACCAGAGUACGAUGUGGUUUGCAUCGGCCUGAUGUCUGCUGGAAAGACCAGCCUGCUCUCACGCCUCUGCAGCGAGGGCAGCGACCGAAUCGUUCCCACCACUGGUUUUAGUAUCAAAGCAGUGCCCUUUCCUAACGCCAUCCUGAAUGUGAAAGAACUUGGAGGUGCUGACAACAUCAAGAAGUAUUGGUGUCGCUACUACCAGGGGUCACAGGGCGUGGUCUUCGUUUUGGACAGCGCUUCAUCAGACGAGGACCUUGAGGCGGCGCGUGCAGAGCUGCACUCGGCCCUGCAGCACCCGCAGCUCUGCACGCUGCCUUUCCUCAUCCUCGCCAAUCACCAGGACAAGCCCGCUGCAAGGACGCCAAACCAGAUCAAGAAGUACUUUGAACUGGAGCCUCUGGCGCGGGGAAAGCGCUGGAUCCUGGAGGGCACCAGCACCGAGCGCAUGGACGGCGUGAAGGAGGUUUUCUCCCAGUUCAUCCUGCUGCUGGAGGACAAGGACACGCCGCCCGCCAGGAUAUGAAGCUCCUUCGCUCACUCGCUCGCUACGCUGAGAGACACUAAACUGCUAACAAGAACACGUCAACCCUCCUUCAGGACUUUCUUCUCCAGGGGCCUUCAGAACCAAGUAGAACCUUUUUGUUAUGAUGCUCCGUGGGCAACACUUGGAAUCUCUAGCUACACCCCUGCUCAAAUACACACACACACACACACACACACGCACACACACACACAAGUAGAUAAGGGUAGCUCUUCUGCUAUUGAUGUUGUUUGCACCAACAAGUACUUUGUCUACGUCUUAAAUAAUUCUCCUGCACACGUUAGUGCGUGACGCCAUCUUGGAGCAGUCACUACUAGUCUUUGGAACAACAACGCCACACUGAAAAGAAGGAGUUGUUCUGCUAAAAUAUUGAAACGUGACAGUUUUACACAAAUAUGGAGGUUGAGUCGUGACUUUGUUAUGAAAGCUUUUUUGUGUAACUGAAUUUUUGGCGUUUGAUUUUUGGGAACUAAAUUUUUUACAUCAACUUAUGCUGACAAUUUCAUUGAACAAAAAUUUGAGAGCAAAAUUUGUUUAAAAAUUAAGUGUAUAAAAAUUCAGUAUAUAAAGUCAGUGUAUAAAAAUUCAGUGUAAAAAAAUCAGUAUCAAAUUUAGUAUAUACAAAUGCAGUGUAUAAAAAAUCAGUUUAUAAAAAUCAGUGUAAAAAAAACAUUUGUAUACAAUUUAGUGUAAACGCUCCAAACUGACUUCAGGUCAAUUAUGACCAAAGCACAUCAUUGGCUGGUUUUAAGACAGGAUCGAUUGCUUCAGUCUUAAUUGAUCUGAAGUCAGUGUUGAGUUUUAAAACACCUUUUUCUGGACUGAAUUUGUAUACACUGAAUUAUUUACUCUGUGUUGGCCCUGCAAUGAGGUGGCGACUUGUCCAGGGUGUACCCCGCCUUCCGCCCGAUUGUAGCUGAGAUAGGCUCCAGCGCCCCCCGCGACCCCGAAGGGAAUAAGCGGUAGAAAAUGGAUGGAUGGAUGGAUACACUGAAUUUCAAGACACUGUAUUUUAACAAACUGAAUUUUUAUACACUGAAUUAUUUUCUUUUACACUGAAUUUAAAAACACUGUAUUUUAACAAACUGAUUUUUUAUACACACACAUUUUUCUCAAAUCUUUUUUAAAAUUAAAUUGUUAGCAUAAUUUAAGGUAAAAAAAAGAAUCUGUUACAUAAAUACAUUGUCCAAAAAAAUCUUUGGUAAAAAAGACACACUUUAACCUCCGUACAUACACAACGUGAUGAAAGAAUAGUUCUUAAGACCACUUUGGUACUGUUGGAUCUCCAGAAGGUUCCUAGUCCAGCUGCAGCUAUUAGUCCAUUAGUUAGUUCGAUUCAUCCAGUAAUCGGAUAGAGCACAAUUUAUCAUCUCAAUGCGUAUUUUCGGGGAAAUAGUUGAAAUAAAGAUUUUUCUGCUUGCCAUAAUCUUUAUUAUGUUUUUGACACACAUCAUCAACAUUGAAAUUGCACUUUUAACAUGUUUGCGUGAGUAAAAACAACAAAGAAUCAGUCAUGUGUGCGCUCUAUUGCAGCAGAAACUAUGUCUGUGUGUUUAAAGUUCCAGGGCCCAUUUUUGAUACAUUUUUAUUACACUUAUUAAAUGAUGAAUUUACAAUAAGAUAGAUACACUUAUUAAAUGAUGAAUUUACAAUAAGAUAGAUACACUUAUUAAAUGAUUAAUUUACAAUCAAUGAAUCGUUGAAGCUCAAGUUCUAAGUAGAGUUUUUCCCAGCAUGCACUAUGGUGCAGACUAGCAGUGCCGCUUCACCAAGUUAGCUCGUUACACCCCAUAUCAUUUUUUGAUGAUUUCUUCCUUUAAUUCAAUGAAUAUCAUCCACUUCUUCUUCCUUGCUUCUGUCCAUCUCUCGCUAUAAGCUCAUGCUAGCGAGUAAGAGCGGAUGUUUCCACUUUGAACAAUCGCUACGCCAACGAGGCUCCUAACUCCAACUUCAUUAAAGUAAUACUGGGGAGAAAAUAAUUAAUAGGAAUAACAAAAUUGUUUUCUUCUCCUAAUACAUAUUUGAAAAUUGGCAAAAAAAUGUAUUAAUAAGUUAAUUAUUAAAAUAAUAAUAGUUGUAUAUGAAUAAUAAUUUGUGCCAAUAUUGACACAAUUAAGUCAUAACUUUAGGAUGUUUUAAGUCACUACAGUAAUGUCUGAGUAUUACAUGUAAAAAAUCUCCUUAGGAAAAUACAUUGUGAUAUUAGAAGAAUGAAUUAGUCAUUUUAGGAAGACUUCAUGAGCGUGAAGAUGAAAUAUGUCAUUUUUAGCAAAUAUUUAAAAGAAAACUUUUUUUUUUUUUUUGGUGGGAUUUUUGCCAUCAUCCACAAUCCUUAAGUGAGACAAGAAAACACGUAUUUUCCUUUUGUGUGCGUUCUAGACGGUGAAAAACUGCUAGUUAGAGGCAGCUCUACGUCUCUUUCAGGAAGUCUGAUUAGCAAACAGUCGACGGAAGUAGCGUUUGUUGUUUAAAAUAUCACGUUAUGUUACAUUACAUAGGGUAAUAUAAUAUUUUUUUAUAGGACUUUAGUGCUGCAUUGUUAGCCAUCUUGUGCUAGCAGUUUUUGACUAUUUAGAACGCACAGAAAAGAGGAAGAAGUGAUUGGGAAAAAUUCAGAGAAAAGUGCCGUUUUUCUUCAACGGUUUAAAACGUAUUAAUAUUUGUCAGCUAUUUUUCUUCUCCGAGAAAUAAAAGCUUGUAAUAUUGAAACUAUUCUGCUUUGUUUUCAGUGUGGCCUUACAGUUCCUUCUUAGAUUCGUCAUUAGUUUCACCUCACUCUGCUAGCAUAUUCAUAUUAGUAGUAAUUAUUUUAGGGGACCUGGUUGUUGUUUGGCAUUAGCCCUGUUGGCACUGCAGCCUCCAUCAGUGUGGAUCCAUCAGGGUGGAUCAAUCAGGGUGGAUCCAUCGGUCACUCAAUCAGGGUGGAUCCAUCAGUGUGGAUCCAUCAGGGGGGCUCCAUCAGCAUGGAUCCAUCAAGGUGGAUCCAUCAGGGUGGAUCCAUCAGGGUGGCUCCCUCAGGGUGGGAUCCAUCAGGGUGGAUCAACCAGGGUGGGUCCAUCGGUGGAUCAAUCAGGGUGGAUCCAUUGGUGAAUCAAUCAGGGUGGAUCCAUCAGCGUGGAUCCAUCAGGGUCGAUUAAUCAAUCGUCCUCACAACAGCUGCAUGUGACCAGUCAUCAUCAUCAUCAUCACACCACCCUGAUCCCAUCCAGUCUGCAGGUGAAGAAGACGAUGCAGAGGUCAUGUGACACAAACUUUCACUGCAGGACAUCUUUGAUCUUCUGCUUUUCUUUGUGGAAAUUAAAUUUGUAAAGAUGACAAA